CUUUGCUGUAAUCUGUAAAAAAAUUAUGUGAUUUGACAUUAAUGUAACAGAUUUGACAGUUAGCUUAAGUCUUUCUCUUGUCCGCCAGUGUUGUUUGAGGACGUUUUGUGGCCAAAAAUCUCAAAAUGUCACUGGUUAUUCCGGAUAAGUUUCAACACAUUCUUCGUAUCAUGAAUACGAAUAUUGAUGGCAAGCGAAAAGUUAUGUUUGCUAUGACUGCUAUCAAGGGUGUCGGCCGCAGAUAUUCCAACAUAGUCUUGAAGAAAGCCGACAUCGAUCUAGAUAAACGGGCUGGUGAAUGCACUGAGGAAGAGGUGGAAAAAAUCAUUACCAUAAUGUCAAACCCAAGGCAAUACAAGAUCCCAGAUUGGUUCCUCAACAGACAAAAAGAUAUUGUUGACGGAAAAUACAGCCAGCUAACCUCCUCCAACUUGGACUCAAAGCUUCGUGAAGACUUAGAAAGGUUGAAGAAGAUACAUGCACACAGAGGCAUGCGUCAUUACUGGGGCCUCCGUGUGCGUGGUCAGCACACUAAGACAACUGGAAGGAGAGGAAGAACUGUGGGUGUAUCAAAGAAGAAGUAAUCUUAUUAAUAAAACAAUAUUUUCUCCA